CGUCAGGACGAAAGAAGCCUCUCCAACAUGACGGCGACCAUAGACAACAGCAAUGCUUCACAGGCGAACAAAAAAAAGCACCUCGGUAUCCCCGAAGCAGUGUUUGUGGUGCGUAUAACCAGACGCUUCUGACGGUGUUACAUGUUUGUAACGGAUGUAAUGUAUAUUUGGUGUGACCGGUUUGUCAGCGGCGCAAUUCUGACUCAGCUAGGAGGCUAAGUUAGCAGGAGGAUGUCGACUCUUUUAUGAAGCUGCCUGGCAACGAGACGGCAGACUCUGCUCUGAGGAAGCUGGAUGAGCAGUACCAGAAAUAUAAGUACAUGGAGCUCAACCUGUCCCAGAAGAAACUCCGGUUGAAAAACCAGAUUCCACAGAUCACACAGACGCUAGAAAUCCUACGACACAUGCAGAAGAAAAAGGAAACUACGGAGCGAAUGGAAACACACUUCCUCCUAGCUGACAACGUUUACUGUAAGGCCUCGGUGCCGCCCACUGACAAAGUUUCUUUAUGGUUAGGGGCUAACGUCAUGUUGGAGUACGACAUCAACGAAGCCCAGGCCCUCCUGGAGAAGAACUUGUCCACAGCAUCUCGUAACCUGGAGACCCUCGAGGAAGAUCUGGAUUUCCUGCGAGACCAGUUCACCACCACUGAAGUCAACAUGGCACGGGUCUACAACUGGGACGUGAAGAGGAGGAGCAAAGAAAACCUCCUGAAGUCUGCAGACAAGUCUUAAUCUAACAGGACUGCCCCCCUCUGCUAACGUCCUUUCUCAUCAUUAAAACUAGAAACCAUCCCUAAGUGUGUUCGCCCCAGAGCUCAGCUCAACGAGGACACGUCUGAAACAGUUCUGCUCAUUUUGAAUGUUCAAACUUUUAGAUUUUUCUGUUUUAGCGUCAAACAAAGUUAGACAUCAAGUCCAUGUCACAGUUCAGUCUAGAUUUUCAACAUCUCCUCCAUUGAGCUGAGCUCAGACUUCCACCACUACUGUUUUCUGUUGAUUUGUUACUUUUAAACUAUUUUUUCAAGUAAAAACUAACAAACAAAAAAAAUCAGCAAGGUAGUUUUGUAUUUUUUUAAUGAUUCAGGUUUUUAUUUUUGAUUAUGAAUGAGGGUUCUUUUGCAUCUUUUCCUUCCUGCUGUUUCCGGUUCUUCUUUGUCUCACACAGCAACACUUAGACGACGGUGUUAUGGAAAGCAAACAGUUGACAGUAGUGUGAUGGUUGUCAACACAGAAUAAACUAGUUUUGGCUUGUGGCUUUUCUUUGUCACUUUCUGAGACUUGCUGGGGUUUCACAUGAUCAACAGUGGUCCUUCAGAGCUGCUGCUUCUCCGUCCUUUAGCCUUCUACACUUCACCACAUCUUUCUCUUCUGUCUGUAUUUAUUUGUCUUUAUUCAUUAAAGAGUGAAGUUAAAAAAGGAACUUCUAGAUGAA